CCAGUCCAGCUGAGGGCGUCUCGCAGACAGGAAUAUACUGCAGCACUUCGCAGCGAAGAAGACGUCAACCGGAAGUGCGCAUGUAACACGUUUGUAAACACCUCGCGAGCUGAUCAAAGUGUAAAAUAUUGUCGUUUUCGGAAUUUGACUAAAUAAGCAGGUGUAGCUGAAGAUCAUGUCGAAGGAGGAGGAGAGUAAAGUGGCGGAGGGGAUCGUAGAUCUCGAAGAGCCGAAGAAAAUGACCCGAGAAGACUGGAGGAAGAAGAAAGAGCUGGAAGAACAGAGAAAAUUAGGAAAUGCCCCAGCUGAAGUUGACGAGGAGGGGAAGGACAUCAACCCUCAUAUUCCCCAGUACAUCUCAUCUGUCCCUUGGUACAUCGACCCAUCAAAGAGACCCACCCUUAAGCACCAGAGACCCCAGCAAGAGAGUCAGAGACAAUUUGCACCCAUUGGAGAUUGGUAUAAAAGAGGUGUACAAGAAAAAUCAGUCAGCACAAAAUUCAGAAAAGGAGCAUGUGAAAACUGUGGAGCCAUGACACAUAAGAAGAAAGACUGUUUGGAGAGACCCAGAAAAGUUGGAGCGAAGUAUUCUGGCACAGGCAUGGCACCAGAUGAGCACCAACAGAUUCAGCUCUCAAUGGAUUAUGAUGGAAAAAGAGAUCGCUGGAAUGGGUACGAUCCAGAUGAUCACAUGCGCAUUGUAGAGGAAUAUUCAAAAGUUGAUCUGGCUAAGCGCACUCUCAAAGCUCAGAAACUCCAGGAGGAGUUAGCUUCUGGUAAACUAAUGGAUCAAGCUAAUUCAAGGAAGCAUCUUGAUGAUGAUGAUGCAGCACAGGACCACAGCAGUGAAGAUGAGGAUGGCGACAAAUAUGUUGAUGACUUUGACAUGCCAGGACAAAAUUUUGAUUCCAAGAGACGUAUUACAGUUAGAAACCUGAGAAUACGGGAGGACAUCGCUAAGUACCUCAGAAAUCUGGAUCCAAAUUCAGCCUACUAUGAUCCCAAGACUCGAGCCAUGAGGGAGAACCCAUACUCCAACACUGGAAAGAUUCCAGAAGAGGUGGGGUACGCUGGAGACAACUUUGUGCGCUACUCUGGAGACACCAUUUCCAUGGCCCAGACACAACUCUUUGCUUGGGAAGCCUAUGAGAAGGGAUCUGAAGUUCACCUCCAGGCAGAUCCAACCAAGCUGGAGCUUCUCCAUCAGUCCUACAAAGUCAAAAAGGACGAUUUCAAAGAGAAACAGAAAGAGAGUAUUUUGGAAAAGUAUGGUGGGCAGGAACACUUGGACGCCCCUCCGCGAGAGCUUCUGCUAGCUCAGACAGAAGAGUAUGUGGAGUAUUCUCGUCAUGGGGCUGUGUUGAAAGGACAGGAGAAGGCUGUGGCCUGUUCCAAAUACGAGGAGGACGUGCUCAUUAAUAACCACUCGUGUAUCUGGGGAUCUUAUUGGAAAGAUGGCCAUUGGGGUUACAAAUGCUGCCACUCGAUGGUGAAGCAAAGUUACUGUACAGGAGAAGCUGGCAAGAAAGUUAUGAGCACUUCUUGCGUUCCAUUUGAAGAUGAUGUAGAGGAGGCCGAAACGAGUAAAGAACCAAAGACUCUUUUACAGAUGCACCAGGAAAAAAUGAAAGAUAAGAAGAAGAAGAAAAAGAGCAAGAAACAGAGAGAUUCUGACAGCAGUGAUGAGGAAGAUGAAGCAAAAAAGAAAGAAAAGCUGAAGAAGGCACUGAGUGCGGAGGAGCAGAGGCUGAAACAGGUGGCUGAAAUGAUGCAGCUCGAUGAGAGGAAGCGACCGUACAGCAGCCUGAAGGAAGUGCGUGAACCCACAGAGGAGGAGAUGGAAGCCUUCCGCAUGAAACGCUGCCGACCCGAUGACCCCAUGGCCCCUUUCCUGGGGCAGUGAAUGAAAACAUAAACGUCUUUUGUCACCAACCACAGAGAUCUCAUAUUCCCGGUGUUACAAAAAGACCACUGUGGUUGAGUUAAUAAUGGGAAACAUCUGAAAAUCUGUUAGAAGUUUUCACAUCUUUUUGUUGUUUUGUAUAAAUCUGUGUAGAUUAUAGUAGAAAAUAAAUCAGAUUUUCAUAAUGUGUUGUUUUUAUUUUGACAGCACAUAAACAUAACGUCUUUUAAUUAGAAAUUGCCCAAUAAGUUACAAAUGGGUUAUGUUUGGUGAAUAAUCGGUUUUGAUUGAACAGAUAUGUUCCAUUCUCCCUUUCCAAGGUAUUUAAAUGGAUUCAUAAUGAAAAUAACUUGACCAGUGUUUGACAUUAAACAUACUUAAACUUGAA